AGUCGGUUUCACGACGGGAACGGUGGCGGUCGCAGGCGUGUGUGCGUGUGUGUAUGUGGUGUGCGCGCGCGGGCUCUCGUCUCUCUCUCUCUCCCUCCGCCCUUUCGCCCCUCUCCCGGCGAACAGCCCACGACACGGCCGACGUCGGACGUCACUCGUCUCGCUGCGAUAGGAAGAGACAGUCAGUCAGUGGUGGUAUUGCAGUACCUGGUCGCGUUCCGUCAUGACGGAGGAGGCUCGCAAGGAGGUUCGCGUCUGGUGCGACGGGUGUUAUGACAUGGUGCAUUUUGGACACGCAAAUUCUCUGAGGCAGGCGAAAGCUUUAGGCGAUUAUCUGGUGGUGGGUGUCCACAAUGAUGAAGAAAUCACGAGACACAAGGGUCCUCCCGUCUUCACCGAGCAAGAAAGGUACAAAAUGGUGCGAGGCAUUAAAUGGGUAGACGAAGUAGUCGAGGCUGCGCCCUACGUGACUACAUUAGAAACAUUAGACAAAUAUAACUGUGAUUUUUGUGUUCACGGCGAUGAUAUCACAAUGACGGCUGACGGCGUCGACACGUACCAUUUAGUUAAGGCAGCUGGUCGCUACAGAGAAGUCCAGCGCACGGCCGGCGUCUCGACGACCGAUCUCGUUGGACGUAUGCUGUUGAUGACACGACAGCACUUUCGACGGGGCGAUAACGAGUACAGCGUUGACCGGGAGCCGAGCAAGAGCAUGGGUCAGGAUCGAACCGCCCGGAGUCCGUGGACCGGCUGCUCGCAAUUCCUGCCGACCACGCAGAAAAUCAUACAGUUCAGCGACGGCAAGAGUCCACAGCCGGGCGAUAAGAUCGUGUACGUGGCGGGGGCGUUCGAUCUCUUCCACGUGGGACACUUGGAUUUCUUGGAGGUCGCCAAGAGGGAGGGGGACUACCUCAUCGUCGGUCUGCACACCGAUCCCGCCGUUAAUCGAUAUAAAUGCGGCAAUCAUCCUAUCAUGAAUCUUCACGAACGAGUACUCAGUGUGUUAGCGUGUAAGUAUGUUAAUGAGGUUGUAAUCGGUGCGCCGUAUGCAGUGACAAGAAAUUUGAUGGAACACUUUAAUGUUUCUGUCGUGUGUCACGGACAAACGCCUAUAAUGCCUUGCGAGGACGGCUCGGAUCCGUACGCGGAGCCCAAGAAGCAAAAUAAAUUUAAAUUGUUAGAUAGCGGUAACGAUAUGACAACGGAAAAAAUUGUCGAAAGGAUCAUUCUUCACAGGUUGGAAUACGAGGAUAGAAAUUUAAGGAAGGAGAAAAAAGAGCUUGCCGCUUACGAAGCCUUCAUCAAGUCUAAGAACAAUGACAGGAUUGAAUAAUUGUUUCGUUUUAUUUCCUUUCCGCGGACAUUCGCAGUGUGUAUGUGUGAUGGUCAGAUUUUAUAAAGUCGAUGUGUAAAUACGAUGUUACACCUAUACUCAAUUUAUCGUUUCGAAAUGCCUUACAUAGUUGAAAUGAAUAUUUAUAAUCAAUCAAGUAAUGUGCUAGUUAAUAUCGAUUAGCGAUGUGGAAAUCCGCUAGUUUUACUUUGUUGCAAUACACUAUGGAGAAUAAUACACAACGAUGAAGAAUAUGACAUCAGGUGAACAUAUUAUAUAUACAAGGUGUGCCAGGACUAUCAGCAUUCGUUCUAUCUUUUUAUCAAUUCUAAAUUCACAUUUUUUUUAAAUAAACAACUUUUUAUUUAGGAUUA